GUCCACCCUCAAAUGCCUGCUGCUGUUCCUCCUCCUCCUCCUCCACCUUCUGAUUCUUGUAUCACUUCAAGGAGGGAGACUUUUACUCUAUGGAUGAAAUCACUUGUCAUACAAGGAAAUGGAUACACUGUCUUCAAUUCUGAUGGUGAGAUUGUUUACCGUAUUGAUAAUUAUGACAAGAAGUGCAGCAGUGAAGUUUAUCUCAUGGAUCUUCAAGGCAAAGUUCUCUUCACCAUACUUCAAAGGAAACUACAUGUUUUUGGAAGAUGGGAGGGGUAUAAAUGCAAUGGUUCAAAGGCGGACAGUCAGAAGCCAUGUUUUCAAGUCAGAAAACAUUGCAGAAUUCUGGGAGGAGGUUCAUCAUGUGAAGUUACAGUGAGGCCUAAUGAAGCUCAAUCAUGUUAUUACAGAAUACAGGGCUUGGCUGGUAAAUCAACAUUCAAGAUUGUAAACAGUGAAGGAGGAGUCAUGGCAGAGGUAAAGCAAAAGCAAACAUCUUCAGGAGUAGUGUUGGGAGAUGAUGUGCUGAACUUGGUGGUGGAGCCCCAUGUUGAUCAUUCCCUUGUCAUGGCUCUUGUGGCAGUGUGUGGAUUGAUCCACCACAGAAUGUGAAACGAACUUCUGGCCAUGAAAAUUGAAAAGCUGACUUGAAGACAAACCAGGACUAGGGUCUUCCAAAAUUUCAUCAACUUCAUACUAGUGAUGAAAGAACAACACCAUUCGAAAUGACCCUAUCAAUUUGAAGAGAUUCAAGCGAACUCUGGGGUUCAUGCCAAUGAGAAGAAAAGCUUUUACAGCAUUCAUUUGGAAUUUUGGCCAUGAGUACCAAAUGGGAUGCCUAGAGUGGCUUUUUAUAGAAUCUGUACAGAGAGCUGCUUCACAAUCACACCCUUAUCCUAAGUUUCAUGUUAUUUUCAUCAACAGUCGUUUCUGUAAAUAAAUCUCAUUCAUUUGUUAUCAUAAACUUA